GCACAGCUGCCGGUAAGACAAAAAAUAAUGAAGACAUUAGAAGAAUUUUAGCUGAAGCAGCUAUCUUUCAUCUUCAUUUUCUGAUUCGUGCGGAGUGGUACAGAGCAGGCCAACCAUCUUUUAUUAGCAACUUUAGCGCGCUGACAGCUAAUACUGAACUUCUGCAGGAAAAUAAUCUGUGAGGUUGCCGCAGGAACGCUUGCAAUACCAUUUGUGAGUAUAUUAUAUCUCCGUGGCACAAGACGAUUGCCAUGUUAAGCUACUUAUCCUCUAAGUUCCUGAUUGUAUUCGAAAUCAUUUUAAUAUCUGCGAGUUUAGUUUUGUUGGGCAAUCCGUACGUUUUCAUCAUCAUCAUCAGCCUAUUUAGGUUCACGUCAAGGUGUUUUACUUCCCACUUAUCGGCAUCCUUGCAAUUAGUACGUUCCUUAUUUUUUUUUUCGAAAUUUAGGCUCUAACUUUUCUUAGAUAAUUUUUUUUCAAUCUUUCACCUAUACCCCUCCUCUUACCGCCAUUUUCUUGGGCAAUCCUCCGUAGUGGGUAACUGUCAUUAUUUCAGGGGCAACCAAGCGAGCGUUCAGUCGCUUUACACCACCAUGAACCGGCCCGAAAAUUACCACUACAUGCACCACGAGAUGGCUUACCCACAUGGCUUCUACGACCCCGGAAACCGUAGUCGUCGAGGCUCGCGGACCCUGGGCAUGCCGAGCGAGUUCGACGUUAGCUCCACCGUCGAAUUGGCGCCGUCGUCAGCCGGAGGCGUGGCGGUCAGCGUCAAACGCUCGUCGCUGGCAUGGCCGUUUUCACCAGCCGGGACCCCUGCAGCACUAGCCGUAGGUCACUACGAACACGGCCAACCUCGGAGAGAGGCCUGGAUUACGUCCGUCUUCAAAGGACUUCGGGCCGUGGGCACAGAGGGCGUGGCCGCUGUCGUCUCCACUGUGGUCCUGUGCUUCUUCACAGGGCUCGCGAUAUGGCUUUUGUCAACGGCUCAAGACCAAUGGGACGACAGUGGUUUAGACGCGGUGGACGACGCAGAUGCGGGCCUGCACUUGGAUUUCUACGGUGCGCCACCUUCGUCGCCUGUUGCCGGGGUUGACGAGAUGCUCACGAGUGAGUGGAAGAUAACAGUAGGAACCAGACGACCGAGAAGCAGUAAGCGUGCUUUGAUGUCAACAACGGUGCUCUCUGACGUGGCGCUGAAAAGCCGGGUGCGUCGCUGGACCGAAGAUAACGCUGAAAGCCGCGGUAGUACUGUGGAUGGCGGCGGCGAUGACAGCGAUGAAUCGAAGGCGCCGUGGACCGCAACAACUGACGUCGACGCUGUGACUAUUGCUUCCAAGCCUAUCCGUGUCAGGCGACGACCGCUGUCCAAGAGGCAUCGCUCGACGCAGCGCAGUUCGGCAAAACGCGUGAAGCGAUCCCAUCGGGUUCGCCAGCGUGAAGUUCGACUCUGAUGCUCCAUACAGAGGACGAGGACCCCUACAAAUAUAUCUGAGCCGGCAUUUGCACUCC